GUGUGUGUAUGUGAGAGUGUGUGUGUGUGUUCAGAGCGCAGCUCCUCUGAUCCCGGCAUGUAUCCGGUUCCAGCCGUGGCGCCUCCUGCAGGACGGGAGCGCAGUCACAUGGGUCAGCUGUUCUUCGAGUAUCUGCUGGUUGUCAGUCUGAGGAAGAGGAGGAACGAGGAAGGUUACGAGCCCCACAUCACCUACCAGUUCCCCAAGCGUGAGGUGAUGGGCCGUCUGCAGCGUGAGGAAGAGGAGAAGUGCAUGAAGGCCGCUCAUCUCUUCUGCUUCCCAGAGGGAAUCAACUGGGCUCCUCUGACCGAAUACAGGAGUGAAACGUUCUCGUUCGUUCUGACUGAAGUUGAUGGCAGCAGGAGGAACGGAUACUGCAGGAGACUGCUGCCGGACGGCCGCGGCGCUCGUGUUCCAGAGGCGUACUGCAUCAUCAGCAGCGUGGCGUGUUUCGGACUAUUCUCAAAGAUCUUUGACGAGGUGGAGAAGCGCAGGCAGAUCUCCAAAGCCAUGAUCUAUCCGUUCAUGCAGAGCCUGCGGGAGGCGCCGCUGCCCUCGCCCGGAAACACCGUCACCGUCAGCAGCUUCAUCCCGGACGCCGGGACCGAGAUCAUCAGUCUGACGCGGCCCGCAUAGUCCUGGCUCGAACACGUGGACUUCCACACGCUCUUCCGCUGCCUGAGCGACGAGGAGGUGCUGAUGGUGUUCGCCGCCACCGUCACGGAGCGACGGAUCAUCUUCAUCUCUGAGGAGCUCAGCACUCUGUCGCAGGUCCUUCACGCUGUAGCUGCUCUCUUGAAUCCGUUUGUGUGGCAGCACACGUUCAUAUCAAUCGUUCCUACGGUUCUGAUUGAUGUUUGUGCAGCGCCAACACCGUACCUGCUGGGAGUCCAGAAGAGCAUGCUGGACCUGGUGACGGACCACAGCGACCUGAUGAUUGUCGAUCUGUCGCCCGGAGCAGAAACUAAAUUCAUCACGAGAAUUGGAGACGAGGAGUCUCUCCUGCCCGCUAAGCUGAAGGAGGAGCUGCUGUCGCGGCUGUCCACGUGCACACGCCACGCCUCGACGGAGGAGCUGAACCGACUGGUGUCAGAGGCCUUCCUGUCCGUCUUCGUCAGGAGCGUGGGUCACUUCUCGCAGCACGUCAAGAGGUGCGCGAACGGCCGCCAGUUCCAGAAGAAGAGCUUCCUGAAGGCCGUGGAACACAAGUCACACCUGAACUUUGUCAAGCUCUUCAUCCAGACGCAGAUGUUCGAUCUGUUCAUUCAGGAAGAGGAAACGCAGCCCAACCCUAACGUGUUCUUUCACAGGAAGGUGUCAGAGUAUCACGAGAGGAAGAAGAGGGAGAAGAUGAAGGCCGGAUGGGUGCGAGGAGUGGUGGUGUAAACGAGUGCAGCUUUCCUAUCGACAUUCCAUUAACAUACUUCAGACAUUGUCAAUAUUUAAUGCUGUUUAUUUGUAUCUCGUUUUAACACAAUAAAAGAUAAAGCGAGCUGAUACAAUGUUUGUUUGCGAGUUAAGCGAGUGAUUUUAAACGGGAACAAAUCCAGCUCAUAUUUCACCUCAAACUUGUUAUACAUGUGUACGUUUUAUUGCCAGCGAUGAUUCUCAUUGAUGCGAAACAGUAUUUUUGUAGCAUUGCAAUAAUCAGUACAAUAAACAUUUUAUUUAAAUCAUCUAAAAUAUAUUAUUUGCAUAUUUCAUGCCUUUUAAAUGAGGCUUUUAUUUUAGUUUUCCAUGAUGAAAUAAGAGCUAUAAAUGUUCUUUUUGCAUAAAAUCCACCCACUAAUGUCAACUUUAAUAACAUAAUCAAAGCAGUUAGGUGUUUGGAUAAAAAUAUGCAUUAAAAAUGCAUACUUCUAAACAAAAGUACAGACUAUAGAACAUGUUUCCACUAACGAACUUACAAUAGAAAACAAACAAGAAGUGUGUAAUACCUGCUAAACUCAGUAUUUAGAGCAUUGUUUCAGAUGGUUGUGUGAAGGUUGUACAAACAUUACAUUUUUACAUUUAUAUAGCGCUUUUCUAGGCACUCAAAGCACUUUACAUUGUCAG